AUGGCUCACACUACUCAACAGCAAAAUAUUGAACAAGAACUAACAGGGUCCAAUAGCAUUAUAAGAUUUAGUGCAAUAAAUGUCAACUCCUUAGAAGCUAAUAAAAGAAAAUUAGACAUGGAAGAAUUUGUUAAAAAUAAUCAAAUUGACAUAGCUUUGAUCUCGGAAACAAAGCUUCAUUCCGAACAUAAAUUAAGCUUUAAUGACUACAAUUUAAUAAGAACUGAUCGACCAAAUGCCAAAAACGGAGGCGGAACUGCUAUUCUGAUCAAUAAAAAGCUAAGUUUUACUCCAAUCUCAUAUCCUAACUCUCUUUCCAACAAGGUGAUCGAGUACACAGCUAUAAGACUAAAAGUUAACUCGAAGAAAUCUCUCAUCAUUUUCAGCAUAUAUGCAGCUUGCAACUCCAAUAGAUCCCUCAUCGCUGAACUGGACAAAAUAUACCAUGAUUUCAGGUUAGAUAAACCUGAUAUAUAUUUCAUCAUGGCUGGAGACUGGAACGCCAGGCAUACAAAGUGGGGAGACAGUAAGAUCAACGAUUAUGGAGCCAUGCUGAACAGGUGGGAAGUGAAGAACAGCAUCACCCACAAAUGUACUCUCUACAACCCUAACAGACCAACAUACCCCAGCGCGGGAUCCUACCUGGACCACUGCCUACCAGAUACCCGAAUCGAAAUUAAGGAAUUAUCAUCCAAUGGAUUGCUCAAAACACUGCCCUACGAUAGUCACCAUAAUGCGAUCUACUUUACUAUCGACACUAACAAAACAUUCAUGGGACUCGCCUCAUCUCCACCACCAACUAUUAGAUACAACUAUAAAAGAACCAACUGGAGAAAAUUUGCCGAAGACCUCUUGUACAAUCACAAAAACCAAAUCCCGUCAGACAAAAAUCUAACAAUUAGUGAAAUAGAUUCCCAUAUAUUAAAUUUAGAAAAGGAAAUCACCACCACCAUUAUUAAAAUUGUCCCUAAAGUUGAAGCCGAUACUAAAAAAGGUUGCUUAAAAUAUGUCAAUAACACAAUUAAAAAAUUACAAGCAAUGAAAUCAAAAUUAAUUUCAGAAAAAUUUAGGGCCACCAACCAAGAAGAAAAAUAUAGACUCAAUCAGCUGAUCAAAGAGAUUAACAAAAAAUUAACAAAAGAAUUUCAAAAAUCAGAAACGGCUUAUUGGACUGCCAAAACUAAAAGCAUCAACUACAGGGACUCGGCAAAAUUCUUCCCACGAAUAAAUAGGUUCUUCCGAUAUAGAGAACCCCCUAGAGUUGAUAAUUUGACCAUUAGCAAAGACAGUCCUCUUCUCACCGAUGAAAUCAUCAAUGAUCCUGAGACCUCAAAAAUAGAUGGUAAGCAUCUUAUCACCCAUUCCACAGCUAAAUUAAAUAUUAUUGGAAAAUAUUUCGAAUCUAUAAACUCUCCAAGGUACUCAAACAUCGGAACGAUGACCAAGACCAUAGCAGACAACGCAGCGAAUGAUAUCAAGAAACACAAUCUCACGCAUACAACAUUUAACCGUAGUAAUCGUGCCUACUAUCCUGUCCAAAAUGAAAACGAGCCAAAGUUUCUUCAUUCAUAUAUAGAAGUUGAAAUACUCCUUAAGAAGACUAAAAAUAAAACCUCCAGCGGCACUCAACAGGGUACAGUAACAUCACCAAUACUGUUUAUAAUAUACUGUCGAAAUGUACUAAACCUUUUUCUCAUGAACUCGGGAAAUAACACGCAUUACGGUGCUUACGCUGAUGACACAGCUAUUUAUGUAGCACACACCAAAAUCCCUGUGAUUGAAAAGAGACUGACUAGCCUGGUGAACCAGAUAUACGAAUAUUUGGAACAAUGGAACUUAAAAAUGAACGCAUUCAAGAGCGAGACAAUACUUUUCAGGAAAACCGUCAAUGAAAUAACUCCUCCAACAGUGUUGCUAAUCAAAACCUUCCAAAUAAAAAUUACCGAUAAGGACACAGGACUGGAGACUAUAAUUCCUAAUAAAUAG